CGUGCGGCGAUGGCGAGGAAACCCCGUUGACGUUGCACUGCUUUUUCAUGCCGCCCAGCUUGCUGCAGGAAACAAAGGGUGUUAAAUGACCGAGUCCAUGCUUCCUGCUGGAAACCUACUCCUCACCUGUGUGCUUCCAUCAUCUCUCAGGUGUCAUGGAUGAUGAGGACGAUCGCCAUCUUCUGGAUAUUUUAGGAGAUGUGGAUGCAUUGAAUGACUAUCUCCAUGGCAACAACAGCAAGUCUAUUGAGGAGGAUGAUGUGACGAACGCAGCUUAUGGAUCAGAUGGAUCCUUCUUUGCUGGUGACACACCUGGCUCCAACUCGGGCCUCAAGGAUGGCUCUUCCUCAAUGGGUGGAUUCGGCGCCGAUUCAGCCGGGGCAGGCCUCCAGCUCUCCAGCAGCCUCUCAUUCAUCGAGGAUGAAUUGGGGUCCGGGAACUCUUCUGGCGGCGUGGACCUCGGGGGGGAGGACCAGCCCUUUGACAUCCUGCAGAAGUCCCUCAUGGAGGCCGACAUCACGGAGCAGACGCUGGCCCAGGAGGCCUUACUGGACUCCCAGCCCGCUCCCACUCUAGUGCAGGCGCCGGUUCCCUUCCAGUCCCAGCUGGUCUCUGGGGGCUAUGGAGGGGGAGUGGGUAUGGUUACCACGGCAACAGCUGGGUUUCCGACAGGCCAGUUCCUGCAGGGAGUUUCCCAGCUGCCCAAUGGCUCCGCCCAGCACAUCCAGGUAUUGGGAUCCUUCGGGGCAGGUGGGGGGAUGAUGACUCUGAGCAGUUUGAGGCCGGGGGCCCCUGUAGCUGCAGCGGGGGCCACAACAGGGGGGCAGGUGUUUGCCCCCACUCAAGGUCAAGUCGGCCUACCUUAUAAAAACAUCCCCCUUCAAAACAUCAUCAUCCAGAGAGGCCCCGGAGGGACCCAGACUCUAGUCAGACCUAUCCAACCCAAACCACUUCAAGCUGGGACGCAGACAGUCUACAGCCUCGGUCUUCAGCCCACUUCCACCACCAUGGCUAAUGCUAACACUGCUACUUCCGGGGGGCACUACACAGCCAAUGGCUCCAUUGUGGUCCAGCAGUCCAUGGAGCAGCAACAAGCACAGACGAACUUACAACCCGGACAGUACCUGCUCCCCAGCUCUUUGGCCCUCGCUCCGGGCAGCAACCUCCACAACGGCCCCAGCGACCCCAACUCAAAUGCCCUAAUUACCAGUCAGAAUGCGGUGCAGAUUGUGGCAGGACAGAACUUCACCGCACAACAGAGGGGUCCGUUUAUCCUGAAUCCGGGACUAGUCACCACGAGUCAGGUUGGAGGGUGUGUGACCCAAACAUGGACAGGAGUUACUUGUUCGACCACGGUACCUGUGCAGACGUCAUGUGCCCCUGGGCGGCUGACCCUGGGGGUCGUAGGUCAAACGCAAGUGUCAGCAAGCCCAGUGCAGCGCCUCCUAGUCACUCAAUCCCAGAACUGCACGUCCCUGUCCCCUUUAGCUGGAGGAGGGAUGCAGGAACAAGACUUCAGACAGAAUUCCUCGUCACCUGCCCUCAAACAGCCCGGUAACAUUCAUGUCAUGAGAACCAUGACGCAAGAUUCAACGCUUAACUCUCAGGUCAGUGCACAGAAGAGGCCUGCCCACCCGCCCCUUACAAGAGAGGGAAUGAUUUUACAGCGGCUGGGGAAGGAUCACGCCGGAGUUCAGACGCUAGAUCGACGGCGUUUCACUUCAAUCAGCGACGCGCUGCAGAGACUCCUCCCUUACCACGUGUUCCAGGGGGCGCCGCCCAGCCAGGAGGAGUUCUCACAGGUGGAUGAUGAAUUCGAGGCCGUAGCGACUCAGGUGCUGAAGAGGACCCAGGCCAUGGUGAACAAAUACAGACGGUUACUACUGGUGGAAGCUGAGCGUUCAAGUCCGUCAUCGGAGAUGGUGAUGAUUGACAGGACCUUCAACCAAGAGGAACGCACCAACCUCACGCAAGACAAGCGCAUGGUGCUCGUGGAUCAAGACAGCUUUCUGGAAGACUUCUGCUGUGGCAUGAAAUCCAGACUUUCCCCAGAACCGGUCCCGGCCCCGGCCCCGACUCCUCCUCCGUCCAGCUGUAGCUGGAACCCGUCAGACAGUGGCUCCACGGAGCCGCCGUCCAGGACAGACUCGCAGCCCGGCUGUGGAGAUCCGGGAGGGGGCGGGGCUGCAGGAGCUGAGGCGGCAGACAGACUCCCCCCUCCACACUUAGAAAACAAGAGCGCCCUUGAACUGAAGAGAUCCCAGCAGCGCUUUGAGCCCAGCGGCGGAGGCAACAACAGCUGUCCUCCAGGUAACGGCUCGCCUCCAGCAGCAAAGUCCGGAGGACAGACGCACUACCAGGGUUCACACCAACUGUCCUCCCAGCAGACCCCGCCCCAGUUCCCCUCUCAGCCCACGUCACCCCCCCACACUGACACAGACUCUGCUCUAGAGGCGGCGGUCAACAGCAUCUUGGAAUGUUAAGACUGAUGUUUCUUAUCAUCCCUAGUGAUUGAUUUUGUCUUUUUAUACGCGUGUGUACAUGUUUAUUUUUUUAUUUUUAAUCUCUCCUGUUGAAGUAUUUGUUACCUCCCCCCACCCCCAACAAUUCCCUGUGUGAAGAGAGGUCAACUCUUCUUUCAGGUUUCGGGUCUUUGUGACACGAUCGGCCAUGUAGCAUGUAUUUAAUAUGUUUUUACAUUUCUUUCUUUUAUGUUUUGAAGCAUGACGUAGGAGUCGAGGUGGAUACAGGCACUUAUAUAUACCUAUAAAGACCCGGGAAUGUGUGCAAUGCAAUGGACUUUAUAUUCAUUUCACGGUAACUUGAAGAUGAAGCUGCUUUCAGACAUGAACCACUGAACUCCGGUUGAUCUCAUGAAGAUCGGAGGGGCUGCAUGGGAGAGCGCAGACUUCAGGGGUCAGUUUCUCCUGCUGCGUUCUUCAUAUGUGACAUUUCCCAGAGUUCAUGUCUGAAAACAGUUCAGGAGUGUUCCUCUCUUCACACACAGACACACAUGCCAUAUAUAUAUAUAUAUUUAGUGCCAGCUGAUUACCCACAGUACCUAUGCUGAACAAACCCAGGAUGUGGGGGAUGAUGACAGUGCCUAAUUCUCGGUUUCUCCUUUUUUUUUUUUAUUGUUUACAUGAAGAAGUUGCUUUCAGAAUUCACUCGUCACAGAAACAACCGAUGAUCACGUGGUCUGGCAGAUUCUUUGAGGUUCGAUCGGCGGAGACACGUUCACUUCGACAAAUUGCACUAAACGUACUGUUGCUUUUUUCAGGAACUGUAAGAACAUGAGUCGAUCUUCGGCGUGCGCUCGGCUAAACAGAAUGUGAACAGAACCAAAAUGAGUUUGCCUGCUUUCAGCUGCCUGCAACAAGGACGACCUCUCCCACUAGAAACCAGUCUGACUCGACUUACUGUUGUUUUACUCUUCUCAGCAACGCUCCUUUUCUUUUCUUUACUCCUUGUGCUUAAGUCACAUUUUCUUUGGCUUUGGUUUUUCUUUUGUACCUUAAAGGUAUGCAAGCCCCGACACAGACAAAUCUCCAUUUCAACCACCUCUUAUCAUUUCACGGUGUAUUUUGUGUCAGGGGAGAUUAGUCCUCAGAUUGAGGAAGAUAUGUUACAACAUGUUUAUCUUUUUUAUUUAGAUUUUUUUAUUUUCCUAAUUAUUAGAAAAUUUGACUGUUCUGCUCAUUGCAAUGUUUCCGACGUCGUCGUUAUGUUAAAUCACCUUGAAGUGUCAUUGAUUGUAUGUUUGUCUGCCUUCUGCAUAUUAUUUUGUAUUGAUCAUAUCUAUGCUUGAAUACCUUGACAUCUCCAUCAGGUUUGUACGUUGACCUGCUCAUGAAGUUUGAUUUCCACGCCCGAUUUGAUUUUUUUUUAGUGUUGGCUCACACCUCCUGGAUGUUCCCCUCACUCGCCAGUCUUUUUUUGUUAUGAUACAUUUCUCACCUUUUCUAUUUUCCCUCUCAGCAGAGCAACCAAAAUUUACCAGGAGAGCGUGUGGUCGUGUCCAGAAUCAUCCUCAGAUUUGUUUAUUUCUCUGUCCAGGACUGAAACGACAUUAACUCCCUUGGCGUUAAAGUCGAGCGUGUUUUUACUUUCCAUUUAGGUUUUAAAGCCAAAACUCAACCUACUAUGAUAUUACAUCCUGAUUAAGACUUAAUCCUAAAUAUUGUAUUAGUUUUUGGAGUAACAUUUCUUUUGUUUUAACUUCUACAGAAAUCUGUUUUACAGUGCAAAGCAAGAAAAGGCCAUUUGUCUGCCAAACUCAACCCAGGACCAAAGCUUAGGUUUAACGAAGUGUUUUACUGCUCCUGGGGUUGAUUCUGGAUAGUUCCACCUUUCUCUGAUAACGUGUCUGUGAAUUAUGAUUGAUUGCCAGUAAGCUACGACCGCAGACUGAAGGCUUUUUUAUACGGGGUGAUGAAGAACUCAUUUGUCAUCGUCUUCCUUUUUGUGUCCGUGUGUGUUUGAGUGCCAGUGGCUGUCGCAGGAGCUGCUGCAAGAUGUCGUGCCUCGACAGCACUUAGUUUUAGACCUGCACAAAGUAGAGACGUGUCCAGCGUCUGUCGGUGAAGCAAUGUGUGACCUGGAUGCAUAUCAGUGUCCGAGGGCCGGGCAGGAACAUUACCGCUUCUUCUCCUCUAUUUUCAGUGGGGAUUUGUUGCUCUGCCUCCAUUUUCACUGUCGUUUUGUCUCACUUGAUUUGUGUAGUUUGUUGUUUUGUACAAAAAAUUGAAAAGUGGAACACAAAAUAUUUAUAAUUUUGUAUGGAGAAAAAAUAAGAAUGUAAAGAAACAACACAUGAGAAAAUGGAAAUACUUUUUUAUUGUGUUUGCCAAGAAGCAGCUUCAGAAAAAAAAGGAAGAAAACUACAAAAACACUGUAAUUUCUUCAUUUGUAGCUCGUGUGUGUUCACUACAGCAGCGAAGGGGAAUCAACAAUAAAUCCAUUUUGAAUACAAUGAGAAACUAGUCCAGUCCGGCUGAGAGCCUCUUCAGAGUCCCUCCAUUACUAUGCAGCGAGUGUUCACACAGCCACUCACAGACUCCUCAUGCAGAGUAGCAUCAUGUGACAGGGGAAGCGUUUCCAAAGAAAACACAGAAUUGCGACCCUCUGCUUCACAGAUAGCGUCUCCUCAUGGACGCUGAUGUGCGGGCGUGUCACUGUUCAUGUUUCUCCACAUCUGAGCUUCCUCACAAAGGUUUUUGAUCAAGUUAAAAACUGUUUGUUCCCUUAAAUCCUCUCCUGGACCCUGAGGCCAAUUCUCUGCAGGAGCAAAGAAAACAUUGGACUGCCCAACCCAUACAAUCUUAACACAACUCAUCAACGACCCCUAGUGGAGUCCCGGGGACACAGCAGGACUCUGAACACAUAAUAGAGCUGAAACUAUUUUGGAUUGUCAAAUGAAAACAUUUGUUAAGCUCAAAAAAAUGUAUUUAUCCCAAUAAAAUUUCUUCUAAAUAUUUCUCUUAAUCUGAUCUAACAUAAAUAGAAAAUAAAAAUAAAUAGAAUAGAUUAAACUGCAGUGGUGUGAGUGGUCAAGUGAGUAUUAAACUACGAAUCUCUGAAUUACACUAAGGACUGGUUUAGAACUUUUAGAAGACAUCUGUGAUGCGGAGAAUUUCAUAAGAGGAUUGAUCUUCUUCCAUAUUUGUCAGUUAAAUAAAAGCCAGAAAGUACAACAAACAAUUUGUCUUCCAACAUUCAAACUUCCCUGGUUCUAAAGGUUUUGUCUUUUUUAGUUUAAAGGAGAAUAACUAUAAUCAUAUUCAGGGAGAUGACUUCAAUCUGAGCUCUCACAUGAAAGCGCUUACAAGCCUAUUGGAGAAGUCCAUUGCUGCAGCUCCUCUUUUCAGCCGCUGUCUGAAACAUUUGGUUCUAGCUCCUGUCUCUUAAAGCU